UUUGAAAAAUGUAAAUAGUAUUGUUUCCACAGUUAAAUUAUUUUGACUUUUAUCUUCCAUAUGGUAUUGAAAGGUUUUAGAUUAACCAUCAAAUUAAUACAUGUCAUUUAAUGUUUUUAGUCGUAUGCUUAAGGAAAACUUACAUUUUUGUAAUUUAAAUUCGUUUUAAAAAAUUCAAAAUAUAACAUAUAAUGUUUCCUCAUUUUUGUAAUUUGAAAUCGUUUUAAUAAAUUUAAAAUAUAACAUAUAAGGUUUCCUCAUUUUUGUAAUUUAAAGUCAUUUAAAAAAAAUUAAAAAUAUAACAUAUAAGAAAAAAUAUAUAUUUUUUAAUUAUAUGGUUAAUAUGAUUGUUUAACUUUUUUAAUAAUAUAAAAUUAAGCAAAAUGAAGAAGGAUUCAAAAAUUGUUAUCAAUCUUUAUAAUUCAUAGUAAUUAAUAUUAAGUAAUUCCGUAACUUUUAUUUAAGGAAAGAAUACAUAAUUCUUAUAUUUUGGUUACUACUCAGCUUUUAUAUUUUAUUGGUCCCUACUCAGCUUGUUCGAGAAAGAGACAAAUAUCUCUGUUUAUUUGUUGUUGUUUUUUCUUGUACUUCCUUUAGCUAGUAAAUUGCGUGAUGACUCUCAUGGACCAUGGUUGUGCUCCAGCACGAAGGUUGUCUGGAUUAUGUUUGAGAUAAGCUAUUCAUUUCUAGUUGUUUGUUGUGUGUGUCUCUUGUCUUUCGGGUUGCUGGCUCUGUCUCGAAAGAUUGAUUAUCUGCGGGCAUUGUGUUUCAUCAUUUGUAUCCAGUGGUGGACCUACGUUGAGAAAUGGGGUGUCAUAUGCUACAGGUUAAAUUUAUAAUUUAGUGUUUUUUCUAUUAGUGCAUGAGAGUUCUGUAGUUCAAAUGGUUGUUUAGUCCAUCUUUGACACACCUUUUCAUCCGUUCAAAUCUCUCAAAUACUUUUUUUUUCAUUUAUUUUUAAACUGGGCUUUGGCCCAAAGAUUAUAAUCCUCCUUAAAACACAGUCUGGGCCCGCCACUGUUCGUAUCCCACCAAUGUAUUAAAAUAUUUUGCUAAUGAAUAUGUUCACUGUGAAAAAAAAAAUGUUGUUGUUUUUUAGCCAAAACUUGAGGAAACUUUUUGUUUUAUGGGAAAAUAAAUAAAACAUACUUGAUGAAUGGUUCAAAUGUAAAUGAAUGGACAGUUGGACACGCCACACCCACUGUAGUUGGUAGGUGCGUGCGAUAUUUUGGCUCUCACUGGUAAAAAAAUUGGAGUAAAAACGGUGGGAGCCAAAAAUAUCUAUAGAGUUAAUAAUGUUUCCGCCUCCUUUAUUUAGAGUAAACUUUUCAGUUGAAAAAAAAAACAAUUUACUUGAUAACAAAAAGAUAUUUAAUCUAACUACUGUGGGUCUAGCGAAAUAUAUUUUAUUCUGGGUUGCGCUGCAUUGUUUCCGAGUCACAACCUUUUUUUUUUUUUUUUUUAAGAUUAUGUACUUAGCAGGCACACGCCUUAACCACUCGGCCAAAGCGACUUGUUGAGUCACAACCUUGUGUGAUCAUUAGUUAUGUUAUCUGUUAUUCGAUAACUCACUGAAACCACAUGUUGAGCAGUUGAGGUAUUAAAUUGAAAACCCACAGAACCAUUAAUCUUUUAUCUAGAAUGAACGUUUACUUAGUCGUGCUGUUUUAUAAUAUUUUAUGUCUAACUAUAAACAGAGGCGGACCUACAUAGAAGAAUGGAGUUGCAAUUGACACAGGUUAAAAAUACAUUUUUAAUUUGUAAGCCUACUUUAGUAUUGGAUACUGGCUCAGUUGGUUACAGAUUGAACCCAAUAAACCCCCAUUCACGAAAUCAAACUUCAGGUUGUACACAUUAUAGUCUUUUUUUUCUUUUGAUAUAAAAUCAUUAUUUACUUUAUUUGGGCUUAAUGUAUGAAUGAAUUUGAGUCAUGACCCAGGUAAAAAAUAUUCCUGGGUCCGCCACUGACUAUGAAUGAAUUUUGUGUAUGAAAAUAUUGCGUGAAACAUAUGGAUUCUUUUGUCACCAUUGCAGGUUUUGCAUUGUGAUAUUAGUACGUACUAACCCUCGUAAAAGCGUUAGAGAAAAUCCGAAAAAUACAUGACAAAAAGAUACUGAGCCACAAUAUCUUAGAUAGCUAGCAACAAAUUUAGUAAUCGAUCGGCUCCAUCCCACAAACUAGUUAAGAAAAUAAUGAAAGAGUGAAUUUAAUACUUAUUUAUAAGCAUAUUAACCCAAACUUUUAUUAAAGAUAAGCUAUUAUUUUAUUUGCUAGUACCUGGCUACCUGCUCUCAUGUUAUAUCUUUUUGUCAUUCGUUCUCAACCGUUGGAUCCAUUUAAUAUCAUAUAAGGAUCAUUAUCCCUACGGACUCAUCGUUUACGAAUCUCUACAACAUUUAACGUUUUCGUAUUUUUCAUCUCAAAAUAUCUUUUGGUGAUAAGCAAAUUGUGAUAACCUUGCCCAAAAAUCAGAUCACUUAUUUGACAAAAUUAUACUAAUUGUGGCGAUUGUGAUAACCUCGCUCCCACCAUACAUUGAUAGAGACAUGCUCAUAUCUCACUUAUUGUCCGAAAUCCCGAAUUGUCCCCAUCAAUUCAGUACUAUUAUCAUAAAUUACAAAUGGCAAGUGGCAAUAAAACUUUCAAACAUACAUGAGAUAUUUGUUGGGCAUCUUUUAUCUACCAACUCUGAAGUUUGUGAUACACGCCGAUGUCAUGGUGCUCUUUUGCUACAAAACGUAUAUUCCAUUCAGCAAAGCUUCAAGCUGAUCUCAAAGCCAUAAACGUAUAUUCCACUCAGCAAAGCUUCAAGCUGAUCUCAAAGCCAUAAACGUAUAUUCCAUUCAGCAAAGCUUCUACAAUCCAUGUUACGUAAUUUAGGAGUUUAACUACUAAAACAACUCGCCAAAUUUUUUUUGUCCAGUCAAGCUGUCAUUAACUCAGGCUCUUCUGUUUCAAGAGAUCCAUAAAAUCCUCUCGGAUAUCAUCAUGACUCCAUGAGUGCCUCCUCCUUCUCCGUUAUCUCAUUUAGGUUUAUUAUACGAAUUAGUCUAUGUUUCAAAGUUAGGUUUAUUACAUAAAAAUGUCUAUUACAUCUAGAUAGUUUGCACACACAAAAAAGGCCAAACAGAAAUCAAGUAACAUAGACACUUCUAACUAUACGAUAGAAUCAAUUUGUGAAUAAUCCAUUUUUCGUACAUACGGUAUAAAGUAAUGUGGAGCAUCAACAAAUUGGCAAGUCAGGCGUGAUUAAAUGUUAUUUCUUCUAUGACGAUGAAACGUGUCUGAAUUGAUCAUACUUGAGUAUUGAGUCAUUAGACUGGUGUCGGAUUGUGUUCAAUAUAAUUAUUACAAACUUCCUUUUGCCAAAGAAAAAGUGCUUACAAGUUACAGAUAUCUCUUAUAUUUCAUUCUGUAUAUUCUUUUCUUAUUAUCCCAUGAUUCCCUAAUGCUACCAAACAGAACGUUUACAUAUAGACUCUUAAUACUACGAGAGACAAAUAAUCAAGUUAAUAUUAGUAUAUGACUCUCUGACCAUCUCCCAUCAUUACCAUAUAAUGGAAACAAAACAUAUAGCUUGACUAAAACAGCAUUUAAAAAAAAAUGUUUGUCAAAUGGUUUGUCUGAUAAGCUUUACGGAGCUUUUUCAUUAGUUAAGACAUACAGAAAUCUUUCAUCAAAUAAAACCAUGUGGUCGCUUACGAAAUUCAAAUAAGUUAACUUACAGCUGCAAGAAACAACUGGCUUUACACCAAAAAAAAAGAAAAGAAACUACUAAUCAUCCUACUUAACCAUAUUUUUGUUAUCACCAGUUCAGUAUAAAAAGCAAUUUGCAUUAGAAGAAAUUUCUUAUAUUUUUUCUGUCGACAUUUAUAUAAGAAAAUGAAUGAAAAGAAACAAAAAGGAUUACACCGUAAUUAUCACGGCUUCCACACACCUUCACAUCGUACAUGUGUAUCUUUCUUAAAAUAACCAAUAUUGAAUUGUUCGAUUUAUAGCAAAUUACUCACUAUCUACAAAAAAAUAAAUAUAAAGCACUAGAAAAAUGAACAUAAAAAAAAUACACAACUUGACCCCCAAAAAAACAAUACACAAUUAAAUUAUUUAAGAGCAAUUCUCUUAAAUAGUUUUUCUUAAAGUUUUGUCACAAAAAAUUCUUAAAUAGAAAAAUGACCAAAAGAUGUUUUAUUACAAAAAGAAAAAAACUUUUCACCUUCUGUUUUAUAGAUAUAUAAAUAAUAUUUUUUUUAUAAUUUCGAAUUAUAUGUUUUCAAAUUCAAACUUUAUAUUUUUUGAUUUUUUUCAAAUUUUAUUUUUAAAAUUCUAAAAUGCCUUUUGAAACUAUUUUAAAAAAAAAUUUUAAGAAUUUUUUUUUAACUCCAUCUUUAAACCUUCAUCCUUUAGCUCUAAACCUAGGUGAACAAUGGUAUAUUUACCAUUUAAUAAAAUUUAUUUUGGUUAUUUAUUUUGAAUUUUUUGUGAAAAUAAAUUAAAAAGACAAUCUUAGGAAAUUUUUCAUUAUUUAAACAUAUGUAUUAAUAAAUUUAAGAAAAUUGUACCUUAAUUUCGUUAAUAUAUGUACUAAUUUUGUUUCCACCUUUAAAAUCUUAAAUAUUAAUAGACUUUGUGGUGAUGAAACUACUGAUGUUCUAACCUUUGACCUAUAAAGCAGUACGCAAAGAGCUCAACAAACCCGAAUACUAAAAAAACCUUUUCAUCUUCUGCUUCUCAAGUCUCCAAUGGGUUUGGGGAGAUCUUCUUCUUCAUCGGCUCUGAAAUGGCUUGGCUUCGUUACGGCUGUUUGGGUCCAAUCCAUCUCCGGCAACAACUACACCUUCUCCAAUUACUCUGACGCUCUCAAAUCCCUAAUGAACCUCACUCAGGUCGAGCUCAACAGCCUCUCCGUCGCUAAGGACGUCGGAAAAGCCUUCGGAAUCCUCGCUGGACUUGCUUCAGAUCGUCUUUCCACUCCAGUCAUCCUCCUCAUCGGCUGUUUCGAAGGCCUUCUCGGUUACGGUGUACAAUGGCUCGUCGUGAGCCGCACCAUCCAACCUCUCCCUUAUUGGCAGAUGUGUGUGUUUCUCUGUAUGGGAGGAAACAGCACGACGUGGAUGAACACAGCGGUUCUUGUAACGUGCAUAAGGAACUUCCGGAGAAACCGUGGUCCUGUUUCAGGGAUUCUCAAAGGCUACGUCGGCUUGAGCACUGCGAUAUUCACGGUGGUGUGCACUGCUCUGUUCUCCUCCGAUCCGGCUUCCUUUCUUGUUCUCCUCUCCGUCGUGCCAUUCGCCGUCUGUCUCACGGCGGUUUUCUUCCUCCGUGAAGUCCCUCCCGCUACUUCCACCGCAGAGGAAAACGAAGAGUCUCGCUACUUCGCCGUGUUUAAUAUUGUGGCGAUUGUCGUUGCCGUGUACCUUCAGUCGUAUGACGUUAUCGGAAUCAAAACCGGAGCUGUCUCCGUCGCGUUCGCCUCCGUGCUUCUCAUCCUCUUAGCUUCACCUAUCGCCGUCCCUUUCCACGCCUACGUUCGGAGUUUAAAUCUGAACGAAGAAGACGUAGAAGGACGAGCCGAUGAACCUUUGCUGAGAUCCGAGAUCACGGAGGAGACGGUGGUUGGUGCCGCCGCUGCGGCGGAUAAUGAGUUACCACCGUAUCCUACGCUUCUAAAGGAGGAGGAAAAUAAUCAAGGAGGUAUAGAGAAGAGGAGACCGGUGCUUGGAGAAGACCACACCAUAUUAGAAGCGGCGUUGACCGUUGACUUUUGGGUGUUGUUUGUGUCGUUUUUGUGUGGAGUAGGAACUGGUUUAGCUGUAAUGAACAACAUGGGUCAGAUAGGGCUUGCGCUUGGUUAUACAGACGUCUCCAUCUUUGUCUCCAUGAUGAGCAUUUGGGGUUUCUUUGGUCGGAUUCUCUCCGGUACCAUCUCCGAGCACUUUAUCAAGUAAAAAAAAUGGAACACCAAGACCAUUAUGGAACGCAGCAUCUCAAGUUGUCAUGGCCGUAGGAUAUCUACUGAUGGCUUUAGCUAUACCCGGUUCACUCUACUUCGGUUCAGUUGUGGUUGGGGCUUGCUACGGAGUCCGGUUAGCCAUAACAGUACCAAUCGCCUCAGAACUCUUUGGCCUCAAGUACUACGGACUCUUGUACAACAUCCUCAUACUUAAUU